AUGGGUAUCUUGGAAAAAAUAGCCCAAAUUCAAGAUGAACUCUCCAAAACCCAGAAAAACAAAGCCACAGAAUACCAUAUAGGGCUCUUAAAAGGAAAGCUCGCUAGGUACAGACGAGAACUAUUGGAGCCACCUGCAGGUGGUUCGUCGGGAGGAGGACAAGGUUUCGAAGUUGCCAAAGCUGGAGAUGCUCGUGUAUCACUUAUUGGUUUUCCCUCGGUGGGAAAGUCAUCGUUUUUGAACAAGGUCACCAAUACAAAGUCAGAAGCUGCCAAUUACGAAUUUACGACGUUGACGUCGGUGGGAGGAAUCUUGGAGUAUAAUGGAGCCGAAGUUCAAAUUGUCGAUCUUCCUGGUAUUAUCAAGCAGGCUUCGCAGGGUAAAGGACGUGGAAAACAAGUUAUUGCCGUUUCACGGACUAGUGAUUUGAUUAUGAUGGUGCUUGAUGCUACCAAGUCGCACGACCAACGACAGAUUUUGGAAAACGAAUUGGAACUGAUGGGAAUUCGUCUCAAUAAAGAAAGACCCAACAUUUCGUUAAAGUACAAGAAGACGGGAGGGAUCAAACUCAAUUCUAUCAACCCUCCAAAGUAUCUUGAUGAAAAGGUGGUUGCAGGUCUUCUCAAGGACUACAAAGUGCACAACGCAGAUGUGCUCAUACGAGACGAAAACGUCACCAUUGACGACUUUAUCGACGUCAUCAACGAACAGCAUAUCUCGUACAUCAAAUGCUUGUAUGUCUACAACAAAAUUGAUGCUGUUUCGCUUGAAGAAUGCGACCGGCUUGCUCGCGAACCAAACACCGUGGUGAUGUCUUGCGAGUUGGAUUUGGGUAUCGAGGACCUUAAAGAUGAGAUAUGGCGCCAGUUGGGACUCGUAAGGGUUUACACGAAACGCCGAGGCGUGGCGCCCAAAUUCGAUGAACCAGUAGUGGUUCGCAGCCACCCCACAGCUUUGGAAGUUUGUGACGCAAUUCACCGGGAUAUGAAAAACCAGUUCAAAUACGCACUUGUGUGGGGCUCCAGUGCCAAACAUUCGCCGCAGAAAUGUGGCCUUAACCACCCAAUUCACGACGAAGAUGUCGUUCAAAUCGUCACUAAGUAG